CUUGGCGAUGAACCAUCUGAGUGCCGCCUGAUUGACUCGCGCGGACGACGUCGUCCGCUUCUUUUCGUCGCUUCGUCAGCACCACGUCUUCUACGUCUUGCCACCAAUCUCACCGAAGUCACCAUACUCAUGAAAGAAGUGGACGCGUUUCGUAACCCUUACUCGACCACUAACAUUGGAGACUGUUCACCGUUUACGCCUGGUGGAUAUCUGGGAAGACUGCUCGGCCCCAAUCCACCAUCGUUGCCGAACCUCAAACAACUCUCACUGCAUGUUGAUGUCAUGGUGGAAUCGAUUAGUCUUACUCCGUUGCCGUGUCCGAGCCAGGAUUUACACUAUGCUCUCCACACGCUCUCAUCAGCACCAUUUCGGACGCUUAUACAGAUAAGCUUCUGCUGCGCGCAGUUCCGUGAAGAGUGA